CUUUCUUUUUCUUUUCUUCCUUUUUCUUUUCUUUCAAUAGCCCAAGCCAAACAAAAAACACAAGGGAGGAAAACCCAAGCUUUCUCUAUAAUUUCUCUCUCUAAAGCCAGAGCUCAAAGCUCUCUCUUUUCUCUCUAAUGGCAGGGCUCAAACCCUAAACACCUUCCUUCUCUCUCUCUCUCCCAUCUUACUCCGCCAAAAGAAAAAUUUCCCACGAAAAUGAGGCCUUUCUUUGCCUCAAGAACUUACUUUUCUCUCUUUGUUCUCACCUUCACCACCACCUUUCUUAUCUCCCUUGAAGCUGCUGCUUCUCCUAACAACAAAGAUUCUCAGCUCCUGCUCAACUUCAAAACCAGCUUGCCUAACCCAUCUCUUCUUCAAGACUGGCUUCCGAACCAAGACCCUUGUAGCUUCAAAGGUGUUACUUGCCAAGACUCCAGAGUUUCCUCUAUUCAACUAAGCUACACCUCCUUAAGCACAGAUUUUCACCUUGUUGCUGCCUUCCUUUUAGCCCUGGAAAACUUGGAAUCCCUUUCUUUGUUAAAAGCCAACAUCUCUGGCAACAUUUCUUUCCCUGCUGGAUCCAAGUGUAGCUCCCUGUUAACCACCUUAGAUCUAUCCCAAAACACCUUGUCUGGCUCUCUUUUAACUGUUUCGAGCUUGGCUUCUUGCUCAAAGUUGAAGGUUCUCAACUUAUCAAGCAAUAGUCUUGAGUUUUCAGGUAAAGAAUCCAGGGGUUUGCAGCUAAGUUUGGAAGUUCUUGAUCUUUCUUUCAACAAGAUUUCUGGCGGAAACGUGGUCCCUUGGAUUCUUUACGGUGGUUGCAGUGAGUUAAAGCUCUUGGCUUUGAAAGGAAACAAGAUUACAGGUGAAAUAAAUGUCUCAAAUUGCAAAAACUUGCACUUUUUGGAUCUUUCAUCAAACAAUUUUUCGAUGGGGACUCCUUCAUUUGGAGACUGCUUAACUUUGGAAUAUCUUGAUGUCUCUGCCAACAAGUUUUCUGGUGAUAUUUCCCGUGCAAUUUCUUCGUGUGUGAACUUAAAUUUCUUGAAUCUAUCAAGCAACCAGUUUUCUGGUCCGAUUCCAGCUUUGCCAACUUCCAAUUUGCAGCGCCUUUAUUUAGCUGAAAAUAAGUUUCAAGGAGAGAUUCCUCUGUAUCUCACAGAAGCUUGUUCUGGUCUUGUUGAGCUGGAUCUUUCUUCAAAUAAUCUAUCUGGUACGAUUCCCAGUGGCUUUGGUUCUUGCUCUUCUUUGAAGACUUUUGAUGUAUCUAGUAACAACUUCACAGGUAAACUGCCCAUUGAGAUAUUUCAGAAUAUGAGUUCCUUGAAGAAGCUUGGUUUAGCUUUCAAUGAUUUUUCCGGUCGUUUGCCUGAGUCUUUGUCUACUCUUUCCAACCUGGAGACUUUAGAUCUCAGUUCAAAUAAUUUUUCAGGGCCAAUUCCUGUGUCUUUAUGUGAAAAUCCGAGAAACAGCUUAAAAGUUCUUUAUUUGCAAAACAACAUCUUAACUGGGUCUAUUCCUGCUAGUCUCAGUAACUGUUCUCAGCUUGUUUCACUCCAUUUGAGCUUCAAUAACCUCUCGGGAACAAUUCCUCCAAGCUUGGGUUCUCUCUCCAAACUUCAGGAUUUGAAGCUUUGGUUGAAUCAGCUCCAUGGAGAAAUCCCUCAAGAGCUAAGUAACAUUCAGACACUUGAGACCUUGAUUCUUGACUUCAAUGAGCUGACAGGAACAAUACCUUCUGCGCUAAGCAACUGUACCAAGUUGAAUUGGAUUUCAUUGUCCAACAACCGGUUGACUGGUGAGAUUCCUGCUUGGCUUGGCAAGCUUUCCAGUCUUGCAAUUCUCAAACUCAGCAAUAACUCCUUUUAUGGAAGAAUCCCACCGGAGCUUGGAGAUUGUCAAAGCUUGAUAUGGUUGGAUCUUAACACCAAUAACUUGAGUGGGACUAUCCCUCCUGUGCUGUUCAAACAAUCUGGUAAAAUUGCUGUCAAUUUUAUUGCUGGGAAGAGGUAUAUGUAUAUCAAGAAUGAUGGAAGCAAAGAGUGCCACGGGUCAGGAAAUUUACUAGAAUUCGCAGGAAUUAGACUGGAACAACUGGAUAGAAUUUCCACCAGGAAUCCUUGCAACUUUAUGAGAGUCUAUGGAGGUCACACACAGCCCACAUUCAACAAUAAUGGUUCUAUGAUUUUUCUUGAUCUUUCAUACAAUCUGCUGUCAGGUACAAUUCCAGAGGAGAUUGGCACAAUGUCAUAUCUCUUUAUCUUGAAUUUGGGCCACAACAAUAUCUCUGGAACCAUCCCACAAGAGAUUGGGAACUUAAAGGGUCUCGGCAUUCUUGAUCUUUCAUACAACAGGCUUGAAGGGAAAAUUCCACAAUCCAUGACUGGCAUUACAAUGCUGAGCGAGAUUAAUCUGUCAAACAACCUUCUCAAUGGCAUGAUUCCUGAAAUGGGUCAGCUGGAAACAUUUCCUGCUAAUGAUUUCCUAAAUAACUCAGGUCUCUGUGGGGUCCCUCUUUCUGCCUGUGGGAGUCCAGCAUCUGGUUCAAAUUCUGAGCAUCCAAAGUCCCAUCGCAGACAAGCUUCUCUUGCAGGAAGUGUGGCAAUGGGAUUGUUGUUCUCUCUCUUUUGCAUCUUUGGUUUGAUCAUAGUUAUUGUAGAGACAAAGAAAAGAAGGAAGAAGAAGGAUUCUGCUCUUGAUGUUUAUAUGGACGGUCAGUCCCACUCAGGCACCGUAAAUACUAGCUGGAAGCUAACCGGUGCACGAGAAGCAUUGAGCAUCAACCUGGCCACAUUUGAGAAGCCCCUUCGGAGGCUCACCUUUGCUGAUCUUCUUGAAGCCACUAAUGGCUUCCAUAAUGACAGCCUUAUUGGCUCUGGUGGUUUUGGUGAUGUAUACAGGGCGCAACUGAAAGAUGGGAGUGUUGUUGCAAUCAAGAAACUGAUACAUAUCAGUGGACAGGGUGACCGAGAAUUCACGGCAGAAAUGGAAACCAUUGGGAAGAUCAAGCACCGGAACCUUGUUCCUCUCUUGGGUUACUGUAAGGUAGGAGAAGAACGGCUCCUAGUUUAUGAGUACAUGCGGUAUGGAAGCUUAGAGGAUGUUUUACAUGAUCAAAAGAAAGAUGGGAUCAAACUGAAUUGGGCAGUAAGGAGAAAGAUUGCCAUUGGAGCUGCAAGAGGUCUGGCGUUUCUUCACCAUAAUUGCAUUCCUCAUAUAAUUCAUAGAGAUAUGAAAUCGAGCAAUGUCCUGCUCGAUGAGAAUUUGGAGGCCAGAGUCUCAGAUUUUGGGAUGGCAAGGCUUAUGAGUGCAAUGGACACGCAUUUGAGUGUCAGUACAUUAGCAGGUACCCCUGGCUAUGUUCCUCCUGAAUAUUACCAGAGCUUUAGAUGUUCCACAAGAGGUGAUGUUUACAGUUACGGUGUAGUUUUGCUCGAGUUGCUUACAGGGAAAAGACCUACAGAUUCUGCUGAUUUCGGUGAUAACAAUCUUGUGGGGUGGGUGAAACAGCAUGCAAAACUUAGACUAAGUGAUGUCUUUGAUCCAGAGCUAAUGAAAGAGGACCCGUGCCUUGAGAUUGAGCUUUUGCAACACUUCAAGGUUGCUUGUGCUUGCUUGGAUGAUCGACCAUGGAAACGUCCCACAAUGAUUGAAGUCAUGGCAAUGUUCAAGGAAAUACAAACAGGGUCUGGCCUUGACUCCCAGUCGACCAUUGCCACCGAGGAUGGAGGCUUUAGUGCAGUUGAAAUGGUAGAGAUGACCAUAAAAGAAGUCCCUGAAGGUAAGCAGUAGAUGAAACAAGUUCAACCCAAUUUUCAAGAGAAAUUCUUUGAAGAUAAGAAGAAAGAAGCAGGUGGCAAUGAUUCAUUCAGCUCCCACAAAAUUUUCCCACUUCUUUACAACUUCAAACUUGGCAUAGAACUGCCCUUUGUAUCUCUACCAUUUGAUGUAUGUAUCUUGUAUCCCUCCCAAAAAUCUUGUUAUUUAUACAUAAAAAGGUUGUUUAACUUGUUAUAAAUGUGUAAAUAUACAGUUCCCCAGUUGUUAUGCUGUUUUAUUUCCCAGUUUUUUCUUUAUGAAGAGAAAUUUGUUUUAGUUAUUAAAUCCUCAAAAAGGAACCUCCUAGUCCCUAGAUCAGUUACCUCGGUGAUGGUGACUAAGUGAAGGGUUCGUUUGGCCCCUUCUUCAGGUUGCUUGAUUUGUUUUCAUUCUCUCUUUUAUCAUAUUCCAACUUUAUUCCA